AUGUCUCGCCGCCGUGAUCAACAGUCUCCGGCGCAUUCGCAACCAAAUCCUGCUGCAGCUUCAGGAAGAGGCCGUGGUCGUGGACGGCGUGGAGGUACUAACGUUGCUGAUUCUCCAAAUGCACCUCCGCCAUCGUCUGCUCCUCCUCCUUCACAUGCGGUUGCUGAUUCUCCAAAUGCACCUCCGCCAUCGUCUGCUGCUCCUCCUGCACAUGCGGCGUCGUCGCCUGCUCCUACUCUUCCAGCGCCGGUGAUCCGUUCUCCUACCGUUGCUGCCUCAACUUCUUCGCAGCAGUCAUCUUCGUCCCCGGUUCUGAUGGAAGCUAUGAGUGCUGAUUUUGAGCAGCAGCUAACCUUGAAGUCGCCAACACCGCCUUCCUCCUCGAAGGCUAUCAGGUUCCCUGACCGGCCGGGUCUUGGUAAAUUGGGGAAGAAAAUCAAAGUUCGCGCUAAUCAUUUUCAAGUCCAAGUUGCUGAAGGAGAUCUGGCACAUUAUGAUGUUGCCAUCACCCCUGAGCUUACUUCAAAAAAGCUCUGUAGAGCUGUGAUGAGUCAGUUAAUCCAAAUGCAUGGAGAAACACUCUUGGGUAGGCGCAUUCCUGCCUACGACGGUGGUAAGAGUCUUUUUACUGCAGGCCUAUUGCCUUUCUCAUCAAAGGAAUUUGUGGUGAAGUUGGUUGGCGAUGAUGAAGCUGCCUCGUCCUCUAGUUCUUCUAGGAAAAGGCGAGAACGUGAAUUUAAGGUCACAAUCCGAUAUGCUGCUAAGACUGACGUUCACCAUCUUCAUCAGUUUCUUAGGCGCCUACAACUGGACUGUCCACAAGAAACCAUACAAGCCCUUGAUGUUGUUCUACGGGCAACACCAUCUGAGAAGUAUAAUGUUGUAGGGAGGUCAUUUUUCUCACCCGAUUUGGGGAAAACUGGUUCACUUGGUGGUGGUCUAGAAUAUUGGAGAGGAUAUUAUCAGAGUCUUCGCCCAACUCAAAUGGGACUUUCUCUCAAUAUUGAUGUGUCAGCCAGGGCAUUUUAUGAACCAGUUCAUGUGACUGAGUUUAUUGCAAAACAUUUCAAUUUCAAUUUUUCCAGGCCUAUGUCCGAUCAAGAUCGACUUAAGGUUAAGAAAGCUUUGAGAGGAGUCAAGGUAAUAGUUACUCAUGGUAAGAGUAUGAGAAGUUACAAAGUAACUGGAGUCACAAAAGAACCGCUCCGAGAGUUAAAGUUUACUCUCGAUGACCAAAAAACAAAAAAAUCGGUUGUCCAAUACUUCCGUGAGCAAUACAAUAUUAACUGUCAGUAUUUGGACCAUCCUGCUCUUCAGGCUGGAAGUGACACAAAACCUGUUUAUUUGCCUAUGGAGCUUUGUCAGAUUGCAGCUGGACAACGAUACACUAGGAGAUUAAACGAGGGUCAAGUAUCUAAUCUUUUAAAGGCAACCUGUCAGCGUCCUCUUGAUAGGGAAAACAAUAUCAAAAUGAUUGUGGGCCAGAACGAUUUGAACUCAGACAAAUUUGUGCGUGAGUUUGGAAUUAAAGUAAGGGAGGAACCUACUACGGUUGAUGCCCGCGUUUUGCCUCCUCCAAUGCUUAAAUAUCAUGAAACAGGCAGAGAAUCAAGUGUUGACCCAAGGAUGGGCCAGUGGAAUAUGAUUAAUAAGAAAAUGGUCAAUGGUGGUAAUGUGCCAUACUGGAGCUGCCUCAACUUUUCAUCAAGACUUAACAGAGAUUUGCCAUUUCAAUUUUGUGAUGAAUUGGUCAAUAUGUGUACCAGCAAAGGAAUGUUUUUCAAUCGAGAGCCCAUAAUACCUAUCACUUCUGCUCAUCCUAGUCAAAUAGAUAGAGCUCUGGUGGAUUUUCAUAAGCAGUGUAUGAAAAAACUUGCAAGCAUGAAGGAUGGAAAACUCCAAUUGUUGAUAAUAGUUUUGCCUGAUAUCAAAGGGUCUUAUGGAAAAAUAAAGCGUAUAUGCGAAACAGAAUUGGGGAUAGUCUCGCAAUGUUGUCAGCCUCAUCAAGUUGCGAAGUUGAAUAAGCAGUAUCUUGAAAAUUUGGCCCUCAAGAUAAAUGUUAAGGUUGGAGGUCGAAACACUGUGUUAAAUGAUGCGAUCCAGAGAAGAAUCCCUAAUGUGUCUGAUAAGCCAACAUUAAUCCUGGGUGCGGAUGUAACCCAUCCACAACCAGGGGAAGACUCGAGUCCUUCUAUUGCUGCAGUAGUGGCAUCCAUGGAUUGGCCUGAGGUCACAAAGUACAGAGGAAUAGUUUCUGCUCAGGUUCACCGGGAAGAAAUUAUUCAGGAUCUUUAUAAAUCAUUUCAAGAUCCUAAGAAGGGAUUGGUGCAUGGUGGAAUGAUUAGGGAGUUACUUAUUGCUUUCUACAAAUCGACUAAGACUAAGCCUUACCGGAUUAUAUUCUACAGAGAUGGAGUUAGUGAGGGCCAAUUUAGUCAGGUUUUGCUUUAUGAGAUGGACGCAAUACGGAAGGCUUGUGCCUCAUUAGAGGAGGGGUAUCUACCACGAGUUACCUUUGUUGUGGUACAGAAAAGACACCACACUCGUCUCUUCCCUGCUGUUCACGGAAGUCGCGAUCAGACGGAUAAAAGUGGAAAUAUUAUGCCAGGGACUGUUGUCGAUACCAGCAUUUGCCAUCCGAGAGAAUUUGAUUUUUAUCUUAAUAGCCACGCUGGAAUUCAAGGAACUAGUCGGCCCACACAUUAUCAUGUACUGUUUGAUGAAAAUAACUUCAAUCCGGAUCAGUUGCAGACUCUGACAAAUAAUUUGUGUUAUACGUAUGCAAGGUGCACUCGAUCGGUGUCAAUAGUUCCUCCAGCUUAUUAUGCACACUUGGCGGCUUUUCGAGCUCGUUACUACAUUGAAGGAGAAACAUCGGAAGGCGAUUCUACAGGUGGAAGUGGAACAAGGACUACUAAUUUUGAGGUGACAUUGCCUUCCAUCAAGGAUAAUGUCAAGGAUGUUAUGUUUUUCUGCUGAUCUUGAAUUUUGGAGACAUGUUGAACAGUCUUUUGGAUGUAGAAAUC